GCAGCUGGGUUGCUUGUUUGUUUAUAUGAGCACGGGAGGAUCAAAGUCCGUCCUGCUCUGUCCACUGUUCAGAGAGUCAUGAGUCCUGCAGGCUGUUUACUCUCAGCUCUCAGGGCCGGACUUUUGGAUACACAAACUGUUAUUAAAGUAAACGGAUCAUCUGGAAUAAAGAUGUGGUUUUGAAAAUUUUGGUAUGAGACAUGUCGGCUUACAAAAGCCAGAACUGUAAACUAGAGAGAUCCCUGGCUUACAAAACUUGUGAGUUGUGAGGUGGAGCCUCCAUGGGUAUCUGCUGCUAACAUCUUGGUGCCAGAUACCACAGCACACCUUCAGGGAUCUAGUGGAGUCCAUGCCUCGACGGGUCAGGGCUGUUUUGGCAGCAAAAUGGAGACCAACACAAUUAGGCAGGUGGUCAUAAUGUUAUGCCUGAUCGGUGAAGAUCAGCCAAAUUUGGCACCAACAAAACGACCCAACCUGCUUUGUGUCAACAGUCCAGGCUGGUGGAAGUGGUGUAAUAGUAUGGGGAAUGUUUUCUCUGCACACUUUGGAUCUGUUAGUACCAAUCAAUCAUAGCUUGAAUAUUUGUGUAUUGUUCCUGACCGAAUACAUCCUUCAUGUCCAUCUUCUAAUGGCUACUUCCAGCGUGAUAUAAUGCACCAACUCACAAAGCUUAGUGGUUAAGACGUUUAAAUACUGAUCAGAAGGUUGUGAGUUUGAAACCCAGGUCCACCAAGCUGCCAUUGCUGGACCCUUGAGCAAGGCCUCUUUAACCCUCAAUUGCUUAGUUGUAUAAAAUGAGACAAAAAUGUAAGCCGCUCUGGAUAAGGGCACCUGCACUUCAGUGGCUUUCCCAAUCACAGAUAAUCGCUAAUCACUCAAGAGCAGGCAAGUCAUAGCAUGAUGAAAAAUCUCCAGGAAUUGUGUGAUGUCAACAUGGAUGAGAAUCUCAAAGCUGUGAACAAAGUGUGGCUCUACACAUUAUUAGCAUAGUGUUCCUAAUAAAGUGCUAGUUGAAACCGCUGGUGUUUUUACAGGUUCUCAUGGCUGCAGAAACGAGGUUCUUCUUCAGUCAGAGCUUAUGCGUGUGAUGUCUAUAAAUCCCUGGCCCCGAUAAUGCUCUACGCUGCAGCCCUGGUGGUCGUAGUUUUGUAUGCACUCGCGGAUCAGCUCCACGACUUUGUGUGCAGGAUCUUCUUUCCACAGUACCAUUACCCAUACACUGCACCUUUUGCCCUCAUACAGGUGCUCCUGAACAUCCUGGCCUUGCUGGGUCUUCAUUCUCUGGGUCUUGUUCAGCUGAAUCCCUUCUCCUGGAGGCUAGCCGAGCGGCUGCUGGUGCCCGCUGUGUGUGGUGCUGUCCAGUGUGUUCUGGCUCUGUGGGCACAGGCGAGUGCACACUCUGGCUUGUACCCCCUCACCGGUCGACUCCUCCCACUUUUCAGCCUGGCUUGGGGUCACCUGCUGGGAGUCAGCAAGCCUAACUCCGCCCACUUCAACUGCUUGCUUAUAGCAAUCACUUUCACCUCUAUUGGAAUUACAGCGUAUGACGGCGUGUACAACAUGGAGCCGCUUGAAUAUUUCUACUCUCCUCUAAGCCUGUUCCUGCACAGUCUCUCCCUGGCCUGGCUCUCCAAAGUCGCCCAGAGUGUGCGAGGCCAUGCUACAACUUUUGACCUCUAUUACACUCUGACAGUGACCCAGAGUGUGUUGCUGUUACUGCUGUGUGUAAUGCAUCCGGACACUCCACAAGCGAUCACUCAUGGCAGCUGGCACACUCUACUCUUCCUGGGAUACAUGUUAGCCGUGUUGCUCCUGGGCUCUGUACAGAUUUUUCUAGUGGACAUAACGGCACUGAGGUACUCACCGCUCAGUGCGGCUCUGCUACACUCCGCCAGAGGACUCACAACGCCACUUAUUAACUUAUUAUAGCACAAAGACAACAACCAGAGAAGAAGGUCAAGCAGACAUUUAGAAAGCUGACUCUGUCCUAGUUAUCAGUUUCCCCUUGGCUAAGUUAGCUAAAUGAUGUUUUGGAAGCAACAAAAAGCAUUAAGCUAAUGGACUAGAACAACUCUGUAUCAAUCUUUUAUACAGUAAUCCAGCUAGCCAAUAACGUGGCAGCAUUAACACAAUGCAUACACUCAUCCCAGCUCAAGAGUUAUGGUCAUUCCAGGUUAAGAUGUUCAGGUCAAACAUCAGAUGCAGAAUAAAUGUGAAUGAUCUCAAGGACUUUUACCAAAGGUAAGCUAACAGGGAGGCUACGGGAUCUCAAAAUCAUCACUCUUUACAAACAAGGUGAGGAGAAAAGCAUCUCAGAAUGCACAACAUAUCAUAACUGAGGUGAGUGGGGCUACAACAACAGCAGACCAUUCUGUCAGCUAAACAAACAGGAAGCUGAGGCUACAGUGGUCACAGGCACGGGCAGAAGAAGAGUGGACAGAAGAACAUCACCUGUUGAACAGGUGUUUCAAAUACAGUAAAGGUUUAACCCAUACCUGAUACACUAUUUUAUUAAUUAGGAUGCUUGUGUAAUGGAGGCCAGCGGUAGGGGCUGGUCAGGUGAACCUCACUCCCCUGAUCUCAAGAGACGAGCUAGAAGCUGCAGUCUUUCGCCUCCUUGUUAGCGUCCCCAUCUCCCAUGCCGGAGACCCGGGUUCGAGACCUGCUUGGACAAGUGUGAGUAGGAGUCAAAGUAAAGCUGAUGUACAGAAAUGUUAAUAAAAGGUGAUGUGUAACCUAACAAACCUGCGGAUGUGUCACUGGUG